AUUACUGUCAACCUGCCAAGAUCUCGAAAGAUUUCGGCCGGAAAAAUAUCCACCAUAUCCCGUUGUACAUUUUCAUAUUUAACCGGACAUACCAUACCCCGUGUCUUUUUCACAUUCUGGUUUUGGAUAAGAAUUGGACACGCCAGACUCUCCAUUUCUAGUGGUAAGGGUGGGUGUUCAUUUCUGUGUUUCUAGGGUUUUUCAUCUGAAACAACGAUGGGAGGAGGCGCCAUUAGAUCAGCGUCCAAGUUCGCAAGCUUUGGUCUCAAUGGAAGUAUCAGAGGAGCAUCUGUUGUUCCUGUUGCUGAAAAAGCAGCAGCUGCUUCUUCAAGGAAAGCUUCGAGAAUAUCGACCACCGGUUUGUCAUCGGCUUCAGAAGAUGGAAGAUCGAAUCCUCUGGUUUUAACACCUCAGAACAAGCCGGAGACUACGGGGUUUGGUAGAUCUUCAUGGGAGGUUGAGGACUGGGAAUUUGCAGGAGUUGAAGAAGAGUAUCCAUUGCCUAGGGUUGUUUUUGGUUCGGCGCCCACUCAAAAGGAAGUGGAAGAGGCGGCUUCUGAUCUCAAGGAUGCCUUUGAAAAGGCUUAUCUUUCAACUUCCACUACAGUAAGUUCCGAGGUCUCUUCUGAUUUCAUGCAUGGAGUGAACUCAUCAAUGCCUUUUAACCUGGAAGAUUCAGAGACUAAAGCAUGUGUGACUAGUCAGAAUGCAGUUGCAUUCCCUUCAAUGCAGAGUAAUGUUAUGCAGGCAUUUUCCUUGCUCAAAGAAAAUUCUGACGUUCAGAACAUUGUUACCUCGCUAGCAACUGAUAAAUCAGUUUGGGAAGCUGUGUUGAAAAAUGAGAAGGUUGUGGAGUUCUGCCAGGCACAUCAGCAGAGGGGUGCUUCUCCCAUUGAGAUGGCUGAAAACCUGGGGACUGAAGAGCUCUUUAGAGAAGAUGGUGAUAAGCCUUUUGGAAACUGGGGAGAGAGUCUAAAGGGACUUUUUGACAAUGCAAGGCUGAAGGCAAUGGAGUUGAUGAGCACAAUAUCCGAGUUUUUUCACAGUUUCCUGGGCAUUGGGUCUAAGGACUCAAAUGACAGUUCAGGUGUCUUCUUUAACAAAACCAUAGAAUACGCCUUCAUGCUGGCUUUUGCUGUGAUAAUUGUGGUUCUUAUGAAGAGGGUAUAGUCUUGGAAUCUUAGAUUUCAAUUUGCUGACACUUCAAACUUAUAGUGGAUUGCUGACACUUCAAACUUAUAGAGUGGAGAUAAUUAUGAUGCUUUCAACUUUAGAGAGAGAGUCGCAUUUAGAAGCUUCUAUGGUGUGAAUGCUUUAAUGUCAUAUGCUCUGUCAGACCUCCUAAGCUCUAGUUAUGUUGUACAGUGUUGUACAUAGAGGAAUGAUGGUUUGAUAAUACUCAUGGAUGUAUUGAGGGCUUGUUUGUUUAUUUUUAUGUUAUUUGUAGAUAGGGAGUAGUCCUCGCAUGCGGGCCUGAUUAAUUUGCGUGAUGCUUGGGGCCAUGAAUGCAGGGCUGUGCUUUUAAUAUAUAAAAUGACUCGGGAAAACGUUUGCCAGUA